CGCAGAGCCGGCGUGAUGGCGGCGGUCGGAGCGGGCCGUCUGCGGAGGGCGGCGUCCGCGCUGCUGCUGCGGAGCCCGCGCCUGCCGGCCCGGGAGCUGUCGGCCCCAGCGCGGCUCUAUCACAAAAAGGUUGUAGAUCAUUAUGAGAAUCCUAGGAACGUGGGGUCCCUUGACAAAACAUCCAAAAACGUUGGGACCGGAUUGGUGGGUGCUCCGGCGUGUGGUGACGUCAUGAAAUUGCAGAUCCAGGUGGAUGAAAAGGGAAAGAUUGUGGAUGCCAGAUUCAAAACGUUCGGCUGCGGCUCUGCCAUCGCCUCCAGCUCUCUUGCCACGGAGUGGGUGAAGGGAAAAACGGUGGAGGAAGCCUUGACUAUCAAAAACACAGACAUCGCCAAGGAGCUCUGCCUUCCGCCCGUGAAACUGCACUGCUCCAUGCUGGCGGAAGACGCCAUCAAGGCCGCCCUAGCUGAUUACAAACUGAAACAAGAAUCCAAGAAGGGAGAGCCGGAGAAGCAGUGAGCCCUGGAGAAGCCCAGGCGGCCACGGCCACGGCAGCUGCCUCUGCCACCCUGCGCCACAUCAAAGCUACAAAACGCACACGUUCGCCAUUGCCAUUGUGAUUCUAGUGCAGGCAGAUACACUGUUUGAUUACGCCUAGUUCCUUUCAGCUCACUCCCGUCCUUAGUGCAGUUAACGUCUGAUCUGAUUUAUGUGUGUCGUGGGAGCUGAAGUCAGCACCGAAGUCUUAAGCUUUGGUGGCCUUCGGAGAGUGACAGCAAGUUUUACCUAACCCUGUGGGGGGGAGGUUGCCAGCAGGAUGCCUUGUAGUUAUUUGAUAGAAUUUAUUACUGUAUAUUUAACAGAUCUGCAUAUAUAUAUAUAUUAUAAUAAAAGAAUGUAAGA